AUGGCUCAGCUUGGCGACCUUCCCCCGGAGCUCAUCCUCGCCAUCUUUUCUCACUUGCGGCUGGGCCUGCCAAUGCAUGACCUGUUCGUGUGGACCGGAGACAUCGAUGAGCAGGGACGAAUCACUGGAGUCAAAUGGAACGACCUUCUCAACUUCUCACUCUUGAACCGCCACUUCCGCCAAAUUGUCUCCGACAAGCUGUACACACAGAUCAGGAUCCAAGGGAAGCUUCCAAUCACGAGACUCGUAUCGCUAUUGCGACCGCGGCCGAAAACUCCGGAAUCACAUAUCCUCAAGAGAUCUUUCCUUGCGAAGAUCAGGCCGCUGAUCAUUUAG